AACUUGGAUGGCAUCUUUGAUGGCGUAGAACACAGUUUCAGCUUUUUGGACGUUUGCAGUUCACCAUAUCAGUGUAUUCUUUAUAAUUUUUACUUUACACGAAGACUGAGUAAUUUCACCUCUGAUUAUUCUCACCUAAGGGAGGGCCGUGCUGCAUGGCCAUGACAGACUCACAGGUGCAUCGGUCUGAUGGCCACGCAGCAACCAUCCUCGGAGGACUGAACAGACUCCGUAAAGACCACAUCUUCUGUGACGUCCAGCUCCAGGUUGGUCCAGAGUUAUUUGAGGCCCAUCGAUUGGUCCUAUCCGCCUGCAGUCCAUACUUUGAUGCCUUGCUCACCGGUGGACUGAGCGAGACGCACCAAGAUGUCAUAACCAUACAAGGUGUGCAGCCACACAUCUUUGAGCAACUGCUGGAGUUCAUAUACACUGGUCAUCUCGAUGUCACCACAAAGAACGCUCAAGGAUUGCUCUUUGCAGCUGAUAUGUUUCAACUUACUGAAAUCAAAGAAAUUUCUGCAUCAUUCCUCAAACUUCAGCUACAUUCUUCAAAUUGUCUUGGCUUCCUAAGGUUUUCCCAAGCACUUUCAUGUCCAGAGCUUAGUACAGCAAGCAGAGCUUACAUUCACUCUAAGAUUAGUGAGGUCAAAAAUGAGGAAGAGUUCUUUGAACUUGAUGUAGAAACUCUUAUUGAGAUCCUGCAAAGUGAGGAUCUACGUGUGGACAAUGAAUAUGAAGUCUUUGAAGCAGCAAUGAACUGGAUAUCACACGAUCCCCCAAACAGGCGAAAACAUUUAGUGCAGGUUCUUGAGCCAGUGAGGAUACCAAUCAUACAACCUGAGCAACUCUUCAAGUAUGUGGAAGACUGUAAGGAUCUAAGCUUAAGGAUAGCCACAGGAAAGCUCCUGCAGGACUAUCACCCAAGCAGGAAGUCACAAUCAUCAUCCAAAGCAUCACAGGUCAGGACGCGGUUACCGGCACAAUAUUACCAGCCACGCAGGAACUCCAGGAAACGUUUGAUCGUGAUGGGCGGUUACUGCAAGAAGUAUGCCGAAGGAUGGUCAGGGUGGGGUAACACAACAACCCUUGAUGAUGUUGAACUGUAUGAUUCAUUCGAUCAAACGUGGCAUUCCUUCCCUGCCAUGCAGCAGCCACGUAGCGGCUUCAGUGCGGCCGUACUCGGUGGAACCGUCUAUGCCAUUGGUGGUGAGCAUGAGUCUCUCCUGUCACAGAACGUUGAAAAGUUUGAUGCAGUGGAGAAUUGUUGGAUCAGGAUGGCCCCUCUUCUGUGUCCAAGGAGCUCCCAUGGGGUAUGCGUUGUGGAGGAUAAGAUCUAUGUCUUUGGAGGCUGGGUUGGUCUUGAGAUGGGAGCAGAUAUUGAGAGAUAUGACCCUGAUGAUAAUUCAUGGGUAGUACAUGAUAGGCUGGCAUCACUGAGAAGCAACUUUGGUGUGGUUUCACAUGAAGGUCUAGUGUACCUAGCUGGUGGGGCUUCAGAUACUGGUACAGAACUGAGGCUUGUCGAGAGCUACAAUCCAGUCAUCAAAGAAUGGACUCAGCUUUCUAACAUGCGGACAAGACGUUCUCAGUGUGCCAUGGCAGUAUUGGACAACGCCCUCUAUGUUGUAGGAGGGUAUAACUCGUCAAAGAACGUCCUAUCCUCGGUUGAAAAAUACUUGAUAUUGGAGGACAAAUGGUCGAAGGUGAAGUCUAUGAUAGUUCCUAGAGCAUGUGCCGGAGUAGCAGUUGCACAUGGAAAACUGUAUGUGGUGGGGGGCAAAGGAUCGAGUAGACCAAAUACAGCCCCACCGACGUUGGAUACCAUGGAGUGUUAUGACCCUGAGACAGACAUUUGGAUUGACCUAGGUCAUAUGACCAUGGGUCGUUGUGAAGCAGCUGUAGCAGUACUGUAACCAUGAGAACUGGAUUGACUUAGGUCAAAUGACUAUUGGUCUUUUGGAAGCAACUUAAGCAGUACUCUGACAAUUAGGCCGAUCUCUGGAUUGAACUAGGUCAUAUGACACGAAUCAGUUUUACGCAUCUGUAUCAGUACGGUGAUCAUUAGGAUGACAUCUGGAUUGACCUAGGUCAAAUGACCAUGGGGGUCAUUGUGAAGUAGCUGUAGAAGGACUGUGACCAUGAGGGUUAUUUCCGCUUGGUCUACAAGUUGUCUUCUUUGCAGAUAGUCUUAUACCACAUUGGAUGAAGUCAUUUGGUCUCCUCUCAAGUUGGACAAAUUCUGCGACACUUGGUGAAAUACCCACUUUGUCUAAUUUUCAUUUAGUCUAGUGCCCAGAUUGUCUGAUUUCCACUUUAUCUAUUAAUUAUUCUUCACUUUGUCAAAUGAAAAUUUUAUUCAUAAACAAUUCAUAUAGCCAUAGAGAGUAAGUGGUGUCAGACCAAGUGGAUAUAAUAAAAAUAAUAUAUCCAUUUAUAUAGCGCAGUUGCUCAACUGCGCUUUGAUACUUAGUAUCACAUUAUUACCCUAGCCGUAGCUUAGCCACCAUACCGGCGCUGAAGCAUCAAAGAAUGAAUCCUACUGGGUACCCAUUCACCUCACUUUGGACGAGUGCAGCACUAUGUGGGUAAAUUUCUUGCUGAAAGAAAACACGCCAUGGCUGAGAUUCGAACCCACGUCCCUCUGAUUGAGAGACGGGAAUCGUAACCACUAGACCAUGACGCCCCUUAAAAUUAGGUAGAGUGUUUAUUAUAGCCUAACUGGAAAUUAAGCCAAAAUGGUGAAUGGGCUAAAUGGCAAUUAGACCAGGCAGUUGGUAGACAAACUGGUUAGUUGAUUGAUGAAUAGAAUUGGUUAGUAGAUGAAAUGAUGAGUAGACAAACUAGAAUCAGAACAUUUUGGAUGAGACCAAAUUGAAAGAAGACAAAGCAGGUGUAAACCAAUUGGCAUUUACCGACCAUUAGACUAACAUCUGGGCCCCGUCUUACAAAGAGUUAUGAUUGAUCCAAUCAAUCGUAACUAUGGAAAUCCAUCAGUGUCAUAAUAUUUUCUACAGGAAAUUUGCAAAAUGUCCAUUGUUAACAAAGGAGAUCACACUAAAUUGUCAAGAAAUCAAUGAAUUUAUGGAUAUACAUUUAUAUCUAGAUUUUUUUUAAAACAAGUAUGCAUUUUAUAUGUUGACUUUGCUGGCUUUCCAUAGUUGCAAUUGAUCCGUUCAAUCACAACUUUUUGUAAGACGGGCCCCUGGAUUGACAUUGGUCAACUGACUUAGGUUUAGUAUUGUGGUCACCCUCACCCUUGUCAUCAGUAUUUGGGCUUUGUUGUAACAUUUCCUAAAUGCUUAAAGUUUAGUUCUGGAGGUGAUGUUGAAAUGUGAAUAAUUGAGGCAUAAAGCUAUUGGGAAAUAUUGAUUAUAAUGAUGCACCAAAGACUUAUAUAUGAUAGGAGGUAUUAGCAGAAUAAAGAAGCCAAAGCAAUUCCUCUGAAAGUUGCUGUGCUGAGACUAUGCAUAUAUGUUUGACUGGUUCAAAUAUUUUCAGCUGUUUCAUUUCCUUCCGUCAUAUCCUUUACUGUGGAACUUUGUUCUCAUAACAUUCUUCCUAAUAUUGAAAACUGUGGACUUUUAUGUCAGUGCAAUAGUGAAAUGGUUAAAAAUUAUAUGUAGAUUUUGUAUGUUAGAAUGUCAUGAGAAAAGACUACUAGUAUGUGAUCAUAGAUGCAUGCACCCUCAGGGCAGGCACAGUGUUGCUAUAUCGUUGACUUACACUAGUGCACUGGAAAUGCCCCAGCACAUGAAUGAACAAACAGUGCAUUAUUUGUUUUAUACAACAAGACAGUUAUACAGUCUCAGUACUUAAUGUUUGUAAAAGAACCAGUUUACAGUUAGUAGGUUUUGGGCUCUUGAUUUUUUUUUGCUCUUAAUUCCUUUUUUUUUUAUACUCUUCACUCUUUAUUCUUCUCUUUCUUUUCAGACUUUAUGCUUAUUAACAGAAUAUUAAACUUUACAUGUGAGACUUCUUUUACUGUAGUGUUUAAGGGGAAUCCAACCCAAAUGAAAUUCAUUUAAAUAAAUGAAAUCGGAGUAGCAGAUUGGUGAAAUUUCAACAAAAAUGUUCAAACAAUAAGAAAAAAAUUGUUAUCUCUAUAUCUAUGGCGAUUCUAUGUUGGCAGCAUUUGUAAUGCCAUUGCUAUGUAUGGUAAACAUAAAUUCUCAAUUUGCCUAAUUAGACAAAAUUGUUUUUUUUUUAAAUACACUUAUGUUCAAUAUGAGAUCAUAUAACAAUAUUCUAGAUCUGUUUUUCAUUACUGCCCCAGGGUAAAAGGUACUCAGAAGAAAAUAGCAAAUUCCUGCAUGUAUAUGACAAAUGGAUAGUUGCCCUUAUCACUUUCGAAAAUCUACUCACAACAUCACCAAUUUGAGAUAUUAAUUUUCUUAGUGAUAUUAUUUUGAGCAGCUGUAAAUAUAUUAUACCUUGUCUACUUUCUUUCAAUUUUUUUUUGGGUUUUUUUUGUUGCUCUUUUCACACAUAUCAUGUAAUGACCAUGGUUUGACCUUUAACCCGUUGGAGACGGAAUAAUAUCAUUAUAACACGUUUUCCAUAGACUCUUGCCUGCAUGUAUGCCAGUUCAGUCUUCAAUGGGUUAAAUAAACUUAUUCUGAUGUUAGAAAGAGAAUAUAACAACUACAUUACACCGAAAACUGAUAGACCAGGGUGGUGUUUUAUAAAGCUGUUUGUAAAGUUACGCACAACUGAAACCUGUUUUUAGGCGCUAAAUCAGUUACAUAGGGAUAUCAUUCAGCAAAAGAAAAGGGUCAGCAAUCAUGCAUAAAGUCAUUCGUAACUUAUGAACAGCUUUAUGAAGCUGCUCGUAAAGUUACGCACAACUUUACCAACGACUGGAACAUGUUCUUAUGUCCUAAAUGAAUGACAUAGGGAUGUAUCAUCUAGCACAAGAAGGGGUCACCUUCAUAAAGUCAUUCAUAUCUUAUGAACAGCUUUAUGAAACACCCACCUUGAUCUAAUAUUGAGUCUAUGCUAGCACAAGAUCAGGACCUUAUAGGGACCAACAUUGACAAACUGUAUCAAGGUCAACAACUCUUUUUAAGGAAAGAUUUGAUCAGAACCUCAUAAAGAACAUCUACAUAAAGACCAACUGUGUUUUGGGGAGCUUUCUCGAAUUGGUUGGAGCAUAUUCAUGAUUUCAUGCAUAAAUUAGCAUGAUUUACAUGUAUUUAUAAAUGAAAAUAAUAUUUUUAUGAAUAAUUAAUGAUAAGAAUUUGUAUAUUCCCAACCCCCAUGUAAUAUCUGUCUAAAUUAUCAAGCUGUUUUAAGGCUGAACCAAAACUGUUGAUAGCAUUUGCUAGUGAUGAUUUCUAUUCAAUUUUCUGUUGGAAAUGAAAUGAUUAAGGCAGUUAUGUAUAUAUUGCCAUUGUCUUAAGUGCCUGUUUUCUUUUUCUCAUACUAUUGCUGCUUUUAAAUUAUGUUUCUCCAUUACAAUACAUGUAUGUAAGCAAAUAUAUUUUAUAUUUGGAAAGAUAUUCAAAUCAAAGUUGAUUAUAUUUUCUUGCUUUAAUUUAUAUAUAUUAUCUGAAAUAUUUGUCUAAAUAAUACUUUGUAUUGCUUAGAUUGAGUAGAAAAGGUCAGUGUAAAUUUAAUGAAAAACCCAGAAAAAUCAUAAAACUAUUCUAUAGUACUGGAAGAGUUUAUCUUAUCCC